AUGACUGGAAGGGAUAUUGCAAAAAGAAAAUCGUCUUACCUUGUUGUCCAUGUUGUCUUCCACUUUUUCCCGACCCUAAAGAUAUUGUUGGGUGUUAACAUUCUCAUCUUGCUUAGCAGAUAUUGCUGGGUGUUAGCAUUCUCAUCUAGCUUAAUGAAUAGAUAUAGAGAAAAAAAUAAGAGUGUAGUUACUCGUUAUACUACACGCAAAUAUCCUAACUCUAACUUAGAUUCAACAGCAAAUUAUCUAUCCCCAACAUUCGUUAAUGGGGUAUUCGAUGUAUCAUCUUUCAGUGCAAAAAAGAAUAACGAUGUCUAUUUGCAGCCAUGCCAUAUUCACGCUGGUAUGGACCUUGCUACUUUUAGCAAAGAAAGAAACUUACUAGAAAAUGUAAAACGUCAAAAUUGCGAUGGAGUUCUAUGCGAUAUCAGCAGCCCUAUUUGUCAAAUUAUUACUGAAGCAGCAAACAUUAAGGUCUUGGUUGCUGUUGCUGCAUUUGGAUUUGCCGAUCCACUCGUAACUGGAUUCUGCCAUAUACCUAAUCCGUUGGCUUAUGUUCCACAACUUGGACUCAAAUUUACCAACAAAAUGCCAUUACAUCAGCGUAUUAUUAAAGUCGUUGUUUCUCAUCUUACAUCGACAUUAGUCCAUUUAUUUUUUCUACCUUACAUGUUUGCAGAAGUAAACAAAACUAGUUUAGGCAUUGAUAGCAUUCCCGAUUUAGUGUAUAGUCGAGCCUCAUUUCUUUUAGUCAAUACAGAUUUUACUAUGGAUUAUCCUCGUCCAACUUCACCGACUACCAAAGUAACCGCAUUAAAAUAUGCCACUAAUGUUACAAUGCUUUUUAAUACUUUUAGCCAGUUACCAUAUAAUGUUAUUUGGAAAUAUACGGAACAUAUUCCGCAAAGUAUUGCUUCAAAUAUUAAAAUUAUUCAGUGGUGGUCACAGAAAGAUCUCCUUGGUCACUCAAAUACUAAAGCACUUGUUACGCAUUGUGGUUUAAAUAACAUUCUCGAAGGCGCUUAUCAUGGUGUACCUAUGAUCGGUAUUCCAGUUGUCGGUGAUCAAGCCAGCCAUGGGCCUAAAAUAGCAGCUAAAAAUGUUGGAGUAGUAUUAAAUGUAGAAGAAACGACGCAAGAUGAUCUGUAUUAUGCAAUUAUAAACGUUACAACACGACAAGAUAUUAUAGAAAGUACUCUUAGAAUUUCGAAAUUAAUUCAAAAUAGACCGAAUAGUAGAACACCUGUUGAGGAAGCUAGCGAUUGGAUGGAAUAUGCGUUAAAUUGCAAUGAUGGUGAAUAUUUACGUACGGAAAAGUAUAAUAUCUCAUGGCAUCAAUUCUAUUUAAUAGAUGUAUUUGCUUUAGUUUUAGUUUUCCUUGUCAUUGCUGUUCAAUUAAUGCGUUUAAUAUACGUUUUAUAUACGUCUAAUAUAUACGUUUAA